AUGUUCUGGGCCUGCAGUAAGCAGCGCUGCUCUUCCAGCGUUUGCGACUCAAAUUGUCGAGUCUCGGAGCUCACCUUCUUCGGUGAUGAGGAAGAGCAGAAAACGAAGCUGUCUUCCAAAGAGAUUGCGCCGGAGGCUCGGCCAGAGUUUGCCUUCGAGAAUGGCGACCUAUACCUCGGCCAGUGGGUUGGCACAGAGCGGCAUGGCCAUGGUGUCCACCGCUGGCCAAAUGGUGCUAAGUACGAAGGUCAAUUCGAAAGAAAUCGUGCAAGUGGACAGGGAACGUUCCAAUUUCCAAACGGUGGUGUCUAUGAAGGCCAGUGGAAAGCAGAUCGAGCACAUGGCCACGGCAGCUAUAGACACUUUGACCAGGCCUCAUACGAUGGCCAAUGGCGGAAUGACAAACAACAUGGCGAAGGAGUUGAGCUUUGGCCAGACGGUGCUCGAUUUGAAGGUCAACACCGUGAAGGUCAGAAAUGUGGUAAAGGCAGAUUGUUGUGGCCAGACGGCUCCAGCUACUCCGGAAGCUUUGAGUGCAAUACGCUCCACGGUGAAGGCGUUUAUCGGUGGGCAGACGGCAAAGAGUACAGCGGCCAGUGGGCCAAAGACCGCAUGAGCGGUGCCGGAUGUUUCACCUGGCCAGAUGGGCGCGUCUACACUGGUCAAUACCUCGACAAUCAGAAACAUGGCCACGGCAUGAUGCGGUGGCCUGAUGGCGGACUUUAUGAGGGUCAGUGGGCCAAGGGUCUUCAGCAUGGAAGAGGCACACACACCUCCUCAUCUGGUUCUUGUUCGUCAGGCACUUGGGAAGCUGGCCGUUUCGUAGGCUGA